CCCCCCCCCCCGGAGAGAGGCCCCGCCCCCAGCGCCGCCAGCCCGAGAAGGAGCUGCGUGCCGGACCCUCCGCCGGCUGGUCGCCAUGAGGCGGGCUCCGCUCUCCGUCGGCGCUCUGCUCCUGCCGUUUUGCCUGCUCUUGGAACUCCCGGCUGCCAGGGGCUACAUCCACGCCGUAUCGGAGCACAACACCAGCAUGGAGUUCAACGACCUGCCGGCCAUGUUUGGAAAUCCACUGCCACGUGAGGGACUCGUGGGCCUUCUGGUGGAAGCCAGGCCGGCCAAUGCCUGCCAGGCCAUCGAGGCGCCUCCAGCGAACGGCAGCGUCUUCAUCGCCCUCAUCCAGAGAUUUGACUGCAGCUUCGACAUCAAGGUGUACCACGCCCAGCGGGCUGGGUACCUGGCGGCCAUCGUGCACAACGUGGGUUCGGACAGCCUGCUCAACAUGGUGUGGGACGAUGAGGCUCUCCACAAACGCAUCGCCAUCCCGUCCGUGUUCAUCGGUGAGACGGCAGCCACGUACCUGCGCAGCCUCUUCAGUUACGAGAGAGGAGGCCGAGUUACCUUGAUUCCGGAGUACAUCUUCCCCCUGGGCUAUUACCUCAUCCCUUUCACGGGGGUGGUCGGCAUCGUUAUUGCUGUGAUGUGCACCAUUCUGAUUGUGCGCUGCGUUCAGCAUCGGAAGAGGAUGAGGAGGAACCGUCUUUCAAAGGAGCAGCUGAAGAAGAUCCCCGUGCACAAGUACAAGAAAGGGGACGAGUACGACGUCUGCGCCAUCUGCCUGGAGGAGUACGAGGACGGAGACAGGCUGCGGAUCCUGCCCUGCUCUCACGCCUAUCACUGCAAGUGUGUGGAUCCGUGGCUGACGCAGACCAAGAAGACCUGCCCGGUGUGCAAGCAGCGCGUGAUCCGCGCCCCGGAGGACUCCGAAUCGGAAGGCGAAGAAGGCGCCGACCGCCCCACGCCUUCCCGGGAGGAGGAGGAAGGGCAGCGGCCGCCAGAGGAGGAGGAAGAGGAGGAGGAGGAGGAGCGUGACUCGGAGCGCACCCCUUUGCUGCGCUCCUCACCCACGGUGGCGCUGGGGGCCCCUUCUUUCGGCAGCAUGGCACGGUGCCCCCCCUCCAGCCCUCUCGGCCGCUUGGAUGAGGGGAGGCAGGGGCACAGUCCACCCCACGGCCAAGGCUCAUGGAGCCCCCUCAUCGUCUAGACCCCCGCCCUCCGCCCCGCCCUUCACGGCUCCCCUGAAAGGGAGGAGUCGGGACAGAUCUGCCCCUCUUGAAGGGAGAGGGAAGGGGCCCCUUUGCUUUUACCACUGAGCUUCCAAUCUGUAUUAACUUUUCAGACUUGUGGGGGGGGGCAGCGCGAGGGAGUAGCGGUUGCAGCCCCACUGGGGAGGCGUGGGGUCAGGACAGCUGCCGCCCGGCACUUGGCCCUUUGGGUGUAUGUGUGUGGUGGUGAGGGGAACAGGAUGUGAAAGUGCAGUGGCGUGGGGGGGGCAGGGGAGCAGCUGAGCCUGCAGGAGUCCCCCCCCCUCCGCUUGACGUCAGACUGACCUCCUGGGCUGAACCAGACGCAGACCGUGCCGGUGGUGCCGGAGCAGCCUGGCCCAGGCUGGGCCCUUUUGCAUAGCACCCCCUCCCUCCCUCUCCCUGGGCCAGCGGAAGUGCCAGCCCCCUCCCCGAGCACAGGAAAGUUUGUAAGGGGGUCCCUGCCCCUCCCUGCAGACUGACAUUAGUGGGCAACUGAGGCCGUGUUUCAGUUUAUGUGGGGGGGGGGGAAUGGAUGCACUGGACAUGGGUGCUGGAGCAAGUGGGGGGGGAGCAGGGAGGGGCCCUGAGUUUUCAAGAGGGGCGCCCGCUGUCCUCGUUCUUCUUCUCCCUCCCCCCCCUCCCGGAAUGCCCACUCUCCCCUGCCUCUGCUGUGGGGCGGGGAACCCAGUUUCGCACAGCCAUGUCAGCACCCCCCCUCUGUGUAUGUGCGCCCUCCUCCUUCCUCUUGCCAUGUCGCCCGUCUGUGUGCCAAGGGAGAAGGGGGGGCAUCAGAGGCCCUGAGCUGCUGCACCGUGGAGCAUGACCCGUGCAACUCCCCCGCCCCGGCUCACGCUUCCGUGGCCCCUUCUAAGGCAGCCUUCUGAUUUCCAGAAAGGAACGGAUUGGGCGGGCCACAGCAGCUGGUGGGGGGAGCCCCCCUUCUCUCCCCGCCCCCCCCCCGCCUGACAUCAUCAUUCCUCACGGGCUGCUCCUUGCCCCGUUCCUCUUCCUUAGGGACUAACGCUGUGCUGCGCUGUGGGGGGGGGGUCUCGGGGCGACCGCGGGACCAAGGCUGGCGGCCCCCCCUCGCCUCUCCCAGCGCCGCCGCUUUGCCUUCUACUGAGCACCUUGGGGGGUUUUACUGUAAAUGACUUUUAUUUUUAACUGUACAGGUUAUUGUAACAGAGCGGUUCUUGUGGGGGCGGGGGGGGGGGGCAAUCCGCCCUAGGCUCCAUGUGCCUUUCAAGGGCUCAGACGUGCCCAUGGGCAUGGGGGGGGGGCAGAGCGGUGAGGAGCACAGGGCCGGCUGGGUCCCGCGUAGCCCUUUUCGGCAGUCAAUUAAAGAACGAGGUGGU